UUCCGACUUGCCGUAUUUUCGCGUCACGGGAUUCCUGAAGCUGAGAGUCAGUAAGUCAUCGUGAAAAAAGAAGAGGAAAACACAGAAGUGGUUUGUUCGGCAGUUGCCAAUGACAUAAGUUUGAAACAGUAACGGUGGCAGAGAAGGACGGAGGAACCGAGGUUCUACCUCUAGGUAACAUGUCCAACAUAAUGAAGAAGGUGUCGUGGUCCAGUCGGGAAGAUGAUCCCGGAGUCGCCGAGCGCACCCCGCUUUUGAACGGCACUAGCAGACAGUUUUCAAGUUCAGAUAUCUUCCGCAUCGGAAGGCUGAGUACAGUUGAUCUUGAAGAUGAUAAAGAUGGCUCUAGUUCCGAAUUAAAUCAAACAGAGGAAAUCCCACACAAUGAAAAGCUCUUGUCAGUAAGAUAUGAGAGCCUGGAUUAUGAUAACAGCGAGAACCAGUUAUUUCUAGAAGAAGAAAGAAGAAUGAGUCUCUUGGGAUUUCGCUUCUUGGAAUUUAAAAGAUGGCUGGUGUGUGCUUUCAUUGGAAUUUUUACAGGUCUUGUUGCUUGCUUCAUAGACAUUGUGGUGGAGAAACUAUCAGACUUGAAAUACCAUGCAGUAAAGCAGAGUAUUGUCAAAUUCACAGAGGCGGGAGGACUUUGCAUCUCACUCAUUCUUUGGGCUACUUUAAAUGCAGCCUUUGUAUUGGUUGGCUCCUUGAUGGUGGCCUUUAUUGAGCCUGUAGCAGCUGGUAGUGGGAUUCCUCAGAUAAAGUGUUAUUUAAAUGGAGUGAAGAUUCCACGUGUUGUUCGCCUCAAGACCCUUCUUGUUAAAGUGUUUGGUGUUAUCUGCUCAGUAGCAGGAGGGCUUGCAGUGGGAAAGGAAGGACCUAUGAUCCAUUCUGGUGCUGUUAUAGCUGCUGGUAUUUCUCAGGGAAGAACCACGUCAUUAAAGAAAGACUUUAAGAUAUUUGAGUACUUCCGGCGAGACACAGAAAAAAGAGAUUUUGUGUCUGCUGGUGCCGCUGCUGGAGUUUCUGCAGCCUUUGGUGCUCCUGUUGGUGGAGUACUUUUCAGCUUGGAAGAAGGUGCAUCUUUCUGGAACCAGAUGUUAACUUGGAGAAUAUUUUUUGCAUCCAUGAUCUCCACAUUUACCUUGAACUUUUUUUUGAGCAUUUAUCAUGGCAAACCUGGUGAUCUCUCCAACCCUGGUCUAAUCAACUUUGGCCGUUUUGAAGAUGAGGUAAAGGAGUAUAAUCUGUAUGAAAUUCCAAUUUUCAUGUGCAUGGGAGUAAUAGGUGGUAUCAUUGGGGCACUUUUUAACAGUUUGAACUACUGGCUAACUAUAUUCAGAAUCAGGUAUGUUCAUCGACCUUUCUUGCAAGUUGCAGAGGCUGUGCUUGUAGCUUCAGUCACAGCUACUGUUGCAUUUGCAAUGAUUUAUUUCUCAGAGGACUGCAAGUCUCUUGGAGAGGAACCAGUUGAACAUCCCUUACAGAUGUUUUGUAAAGAUGGAGAGUACAACUCAAUGGCUACAGCUUUUUUCAACACACCAGAGAAGAGUGUCAGAAGUUUGUUCCAUGAUCCACCAGGAUUAUAUAAACCACAAACCUUGGGUUUAUUCACUUUGAGUUAUUUCCUCUUGGCCUGUUGGACAUACGGCUUGACUGUAUCUGCAGGUGUUUUCAUUCCAUCUCUUUUGAUCGGUGCUGCCUGGGGCAGACUUUUUGGAAUAUGCCUUGCUACUUCUUCAAAUUCUAUGUUUGCUGAUCCUGGCAGAUAUGCAUUGAUUGGAGCUGCUGCUCAGCUUGGUGGAAUUGUGAGAAUGACUCUGAGUUUGACAGUUAUUAUUGUGGAAGCUACUGGAAAUGUUACUUUUGGUCUGCCUAUUAUGCUUGUUUUGAUUACUGCAAAAAUAGUGGGAGACUACUUUGUGGAGGGUCUAUAUGACAUUCAUAUUAAACUACAGAGUGUGCCUUUCCUGCAUUGGGAGCCUCCUCCCACAUCACACGCUUUGACUGCCAGGGAAGUGAUGAGCUCCCCAGUGAUAUGCUUCAAGCAGGUAGAGAAGGUUGGCAAAAUUGUGGAUAUUCUUAGUAACACAUCAACAAAUCAUAACGGAUUUCCUGUUGUAUGUGACCAAGAGCCUAAAAGACUCUGCGGACUGAUUUUGCGUUCACAGCUAAUUGUUCUUUUAAAGCACAAGGUUUUUGUGGAAAGGGUAAAUUCCAGUCUUAUUCAAAGAAAACUUCAACUUAAAGAUUUCCGAGAUGCAUACCCUCGAUUUCCUCCUAUUCAGUCUAUACACGUUUCCCAAGAUGAGCGGCAGUGCAUGAUGGAUCUGAGAGAGUUCAUGAAUCCGACACCAUACACUGUACCUCAGGAGACUUCACUUCCUCGUGUCUUCAAAUUAUUUCGUGCUCUUGGCUUGAGACAUUUGGUAGUGGUAGAUGAUGAAAAUAAGGUUAUGGGACUUGUGACGCGGAAAGACUUGGCUCGAUAUCACCUUGGGAAACAUGGUCUGGAGGAGUUGCAUCUGGCACAGACGUGAUGGAGAUGGGCUCAAGAAUGUACUCCAAUUUAACAGAAAGUGCAGUAUUAGGUUAGUGACAGCCUCUGCGCUCAAAGAUCUUGAGGGUAUCCUAGGUAUUCCGUUGAAGUGAGUGAUGAAAAUGAUUAAUGUUAUCACGUACAAUUUUUAAACAAUUUAGAAAUUAGAAUUUUAUGUUUGACCUUUUCAGACAUUUUUUGCUGUUUUCUGAUCCUUCAUUUUGCACAGAAAGACCGAUGUUACAGUUUUAACCAUGAAGCAUUAGUUAUUUGUACUUGCAAGAGAAAACAAUAGAUGUGUAUUACAGGACCUAAUUUUUAUUUUUUGUUUUCUGGAAUGUUGGUUUAGUUUUUGUACAAUCUGUCCUUUAAACCUGAAUGUCAAUUGUGUUUACAAAUGUUGUGUUCUAUGAUUAUGCUUAAAGUGCUGCUAUUGUAUAUUCUUUAUCACGGCUUAACAGAACUUAUUUCAGAAAAAAAAGCUCUUUGUACAGCAUUUUCUAGUUUACUUUUGUCUGUUGUUACAAAUUUCUAAACUUGUUUCAUACAUUUCCUUGUACUGCAUUUUAUCCCAUGUGACAGGCAGUGCACAUGUUUAGCACUUUACUUGUGUGACCUUUAAAUUUUAAAAAAUUAUGACAUUUUCUAUAUUUGCAAAUGCUGAGGAAUUGAAAAAGGUACUAGUCUGGUUUUCUACAUGUGAAACUAAAAGUGGAAUACUUGUCAUAAGCUAUUGAAGUCCGCUUCAUAAGCUUAUUUGAUACACAGCUCCAUAUUGUUGUAUACUGUAAUAAUUUAAGUAAUUUAAACGCUGAUGAAGUUCUGUAAUAUCUGUGGCUUUAUCAAUCCAGGUAUGUUUACAUUGAACUGUUCACUUCUCAUCCUUAAACAUGAGAAGGUUUCACUUUAAUUACAGAGAUAAACUAAUUAAUUUUUAUAUAUUUAUUUUUACUAUCCUUAAUGCAUUUUAAUUAAUUUUAAAAUAUACAAUUUAAACAAUUUACAAUUUAAACUAUGUAAUUUAUUGUGUAUUUUGAUGCAGAUGUCAGUGAUUUCCUCAGCCAGAAAAUUAAUAUCAUGUUACUCAUAAGCAUCCUUUUAAAUGGCUUAUUUUGAAUUUUACCAAAUGUUUUGAUUGAAAGUGAAUACAGCCACCUUUUACAUUUUGUUAGUGACACUCCACAUUGUGUUUUUUUUCUCUAUUAUCUCUUAAUAGUCACUCCAUGUAGAGAUACAAAUACUAGUUUCAUUCUUUUCAAAAAUAUCUUUGCAUGGUCAGUAUUAGCAGAUAGUUUGUAUGCCUGACAAACUCUUGAUAAAGUCUGUGCCUUCAGUAUCUGGUAUGAUUUUUUUGGUGCCAGAUUGCAUAAUGCAACUACAAAGUUUUGUUUUCUGAAGCUUAAAAGUGAGUGUUUUCUCACAUUGUCUAUUCAUAAAUACAACAUGUUUUAAUUUAGAUUUUUUUGCCUUCUGAAUAAAAUGACAAAUAGAAAACUGUCACUCUAUGUGUGAAACUCUCUCAGCAGCUGUUCUCUUUUUACCAACUGUAAAAUAAAAACUGUCAUAUAGAUUGAUAUUUUAUAUUGGAAUUUUCAAUACUGAAUUAGUUUGUGCAGAAAUAAACUUGCAGAUAAAAAACA